AGCAUCAUCGCACUUGAAGCUCGACUGCCACAAUGGCCGACGUACCGUUGUAUUUAACGAACGUCUGCGUGUCCGCGGGGCAGGAUGUGGACGUGGAACGGUCUUAUCAGAUUCAGAGUCCGAAGACAACCAGGGAAUUUGAGAGCGUUGAGCUGGGCGACAAACAGAGACGGCACAGCAGGGAGAAGACCCCUCGAAGGAUCAUCCAUUUCUCCAGCGGGGAGACCAUUGAGGAGUACAGUACCGAUGAAGAGGAGGAAGACAAGGAGCCGGAGAGGAAGGACCUGCUCUCCUCUUCUGCUGAUGCGGUGAGGUCAAAGAUGACUUGGGGUCCGUAUUUCUUGUUCCACAUGUGGAGAGCUGCAACAUCAACCUUAUCAGCAUGUGAUUACCUGGGGGAGAGGAUGGCCUCCCUCUUUGGGAUAACAUCAGCCAAAUAUCAGUAUGCCAUUGAUGAAUACUACAAAAUGAAGAAAGAGGAGAAGGAGGAAAACCGACUGUCAGAAGAGGCCGAACAUCCCUUUGACCAGUCCCAUUUUGCGGAAGGAGACGGGCCAAUCACCAGGAGAGAACUUCCUACUGCAUCGCCUGAUGUAACCUACCAGAUUCAUAAUGAAAUUCAGGCACCUUCAGGCGCCAGGGUAGUCCCAGCUAUUGUCACAGCAAACUAACCAUCUCUACAUGUGCAGUUAGUCACGUCUUUUUGAAAGGGACACUGGCAUUGCUAAAAUAAGAAUCAUGUUUGUAUGACAUACAUAAAUGGGUCACAGUAAACAACAUUUAGCCUUCUGGCCACGUGCAGACUAUUUAUCUGGUCAUCAAAACGUGAGCUGUUAUCUCCCAUUUGUUGUUUAUUGUUCAUUUGUUUAUAUGCACAUUUAUUCAUAAAGUUUCAUAACUUUAUAUUUAAAUGUGGUAUUCAAAAAUCACUAACAUUUUUCAGUGUUCUCAAAUUGCCAUUCUUGUUGUGCCUUUUUCUGGAGAUGUCUUUCUUCAGGCUACUGAUUGUCUAAAAUGGUCUUACUCUUUAGAUGUGAUACUGUACUACCCUUCGCUUGAAAUGUGCUUGACAGCCUGCAUUUUCAUGGACUUUUUUUAACACCAUUAUGCGGAAAGGAUUUUUUGAAAUAUUAAAGUAUUUGUGGACAUAGCAUUCCAUAGUGACAAGCAUUAACAAAUAACAAGCUGCAGCAACAUUUGUGGCUACACUAUUGUUCAAGCAGCAUACACACAUACCAAACAUUAGGCUGAAUUUGAGUAUUUUACCCUUUUCCGAUCAAAGUCAGCAAAGGCCAGAUUAUUCGAGUUCCCUAAAAGUCUCCGUGGUCAACCUGUUAAAAAAUUUGCGAUUGCAAAUCUUUAAUGUGUGUGUUCAACACGUAGGUCUUGAUUGUGACUUGAAACAAUAGCCAGUUAAUAAGCAACCUGAAGCUUCCGGUUUGAAGCUGUUGCCAGACACAAAAGAGGUUGAAUUACGUCAUUCACCACAAACAAAUGACAAGAAAAAGCAUUUGCCAUUGCAAUGUACAGUAUGUACCAGUUAGCGUAACCUCUAUUCCUACUCAACAGCUACUCUUUCUUUGUAUUUUCUGGUAGCGUGAUGGCUCUCACAGGUUAGUCUUACCACGACAGACAUCUGGUUUGACUCGCGAUUGUUGGUGGAGACAUCAUUAUGCGUGUGGUGUGCUGUGUUGGUCAUCUCAAGUACACCACAUACUAUAAGAGCCAUAACCACACUUCACAUUUCCUUCAUUUUUCCACACCAUGUUUGUGGGCUCCCACAUUUUUAAAAUGAGAUAAGAUCUUGAAAAUCGGUGUGUAUGUACCCCAAAUUAGUUAGAGGUGUCUUCAAUUAACAAAAGUCACCUUUUUUAUAUUCAACUAGAAGUAAUGGUUUAUUGUUUAUUGGAUUCAUUCACUCUCCAGAACCAUCUAUUGCAAAAUCAAACACUGGAGCAGUCAAAAUGUUAUCAUCGAAAGUUCCCCCCUUGUGCCGCUAAUGGACCAGACACUGUCGCUGGAUCCUCAUUUCAAUGCAAUGCAGUGUCCAGUCUGCGUGUACUGUAAACAAGACAAAUGGGAGCUGACAUUAGUUUUCAUUCCAACAGAUGUAUCAAGGCUAUUCAGGACAUACUCCAUUCAAGUGGUUCACCAUAAAACAGACAUUCACCUCCGUGUUGUAUUUGUCCAUACCUAAGUUUGUGUUGCACUAAAGAUUUGUGUUAAAGCACUGAGCAUAUUGCUCAGCACAUUAUACACACCCCACAUGACUAUUUGCUGAUAGCAAAAGACUGAUUUACUUUUCUGUGUGACUUUUAAAUAUUCACCAAAUCAAGUGCAGAUACAAUAUACACCUCAUUGGAAACACUCCAAAUUAAACACCGAAUUUGCAAAGAACAUUGGAAUGCUCGCUUAUGAUAUACGGGUUUUAACAAUAUUUUUUUGUGGUUGUGUGUGUUUCUCUGGUAUAUAACUGCAAUAUGUAAUUUCAAGAGGUCUAUUUUGUCCCCCAUGUAGCUAAAUAAGAUAACCAAAAUAUUGUAUCACAAACUCCUCUUAGGCUAUUGUGCGGCAGUUCUGCAUCACUGCAAACUACAAACACAAUGGAGACAUUAGUGUCUCGCAACAGUGCAAACUCAGCUUUAUCAUCUUUGUAAGAGGCAGAUUUGUUGAUACAGCCCUUGUAUUCCAUCUUGGUAGAUUUUCUAACUUUACCUAAUAUUGUGGCCAGUGAAUGUGAUUCAUUGCAGCCAGGGCAUUGUUACACAAGGUCUGUAUGAAGACCUGUGAUGUUAUACUUUUUGUAAAUGUUUUAUAUUCAUGUAUUUACAACUCUGUGGUGGGGGCGGGGGGGUUAAAUGAGACCACUUCAGAAAAUGAAAAAGGCUCAAAAUACCAUGAAAGGUCCUUUUUUUUUUUCUUGUGGUCGCUUCCUUUUUCCAGAGCUGUAUUUUACUGAUCUUACACUUUAUUUGGCCAUUUUAUAUUGUUUUCCGAACACUGGAUUAAAAUGUUAAUAGUAAA